AUAACAGCAGGGAGAUCUGGGAGGCUUACUGUUUAAUAGCACUGCAGAGUUGACUCCAGGCUCCAGGCUCGAGGUGUAAAUGAAUAUUUUUGUGAUACUCGUAUAGAUAGGAGAGCCCCCGGACUAGCAUUCCUGAGGCAGCAUCCAUGGACACUGUAAAGAACGGUGGAUCUCAGCCUGUCUACAGCCGCUGGUCGUACAGACCCUCGAGCUCUGCCAGCUUCUCCUCUAACUCAGCAGCAAGCGGCAUUGAAGAUGACAGCUCCAGUCUUAUGCAGCAGAAACUGGAAAAACAGAGGGCGCUGCUGGAACAGAAGCAGCGGAGGAAGCGGCAGGAACCGCUGAUGGUCCAGCCCAACACAGAGGCUCGACCCCGGCGCUCCAGGACACGGCGUGGAGAGGAGCAGGCCCCGCUGGUGGAGUCUCAACUCAGUAUCAUCAACGAUGUCAUCAUGGAUGGUAUCGACGGCCCAGCAGCUUUCCUGGGAUCAGAAGCCCCUGAUAUGGGAACGAAAAUUCAAAUCCUGUCGGUGAGCCAGCCCCAGGCCCAGUCCCAGUCUCAGUUCCAACCCCAGUCCCAGUCCAAGCCUCAGUCCCCUGCUGCUGCGGAGGAGCCUGAGAGGGACGGAGACACUGAGACGCUGCUGGAGCCCAAGACAGAUAUCCACGAACUGCUGCAGAAACAAGGUCUGUCUGGCAGUAUGAACUUUGAUGAAUCCAGCGAGCACGAGGAUGACGCGGAGGAAGAGCGGACACGUUCUCUGUCCCCCAACGCAGACACAACCAGACCAUCCUCCGCUGCCAGUGGCAAGGACGUUUCAGAGGUGACGUCCGGAUCGCCCACUGCAGAGAGCUCGCUGAUCGAUGUCACCAAUCUAGAGGAGUUUGUCUUGCGUCCGGCUCCGCGUGGCAACAGCGUCAAAUGUCGAAUUACCAGGGACAAGAAGGGCAUGGACCGUGGCCUCUAUCCAACCUACUUCAUGCACAUGGAGAGAGAGGAUGGCAAGAGGGUGUUUUUGCUGGCAGGAAGAAAGAGGAAGAAGAGUAAGACAUCCAACUACCUUAUUUCAGUGGAUGCUACUGAUCUGUCGAGAGAGGGAGAGAGCUUCAUAGGUAAACUGAGGUCCAACCUCAUGGGCACCAAAUUCACAGUGUACGACAACGGCACCAAUCCCUGCAAAAACCCCGGAGCGCUGCUGGAGGAGAGCAACACGCGACAGGAGCUGGCUGCCAUCUGCUAUGAAACCAACGUGCUGGGAUUCAAAGGACCACGUAAGAUGACUGUAAUCAUCCCGGGCAUGAACAUGAACUUUGAAAGAGUCCCUGUAAGGCCUCAAAAUGAGCAGGAGAGCCUCCUGAGCAGGUGGCAGAAUCACUCACUGGACAACCUGAUCGAGCUGCACAACAAGGCCCCCGUGUGGAACGAUGACACCCAGUCUUAUGUGCUGAACUUCCACGGCCGGGUGACUCAAGCUUCGGUCAAGAACUUUCAAAUAGUUCACGACAAUGACCCUGACUACAUUGUCAUGCAGUUCGGCAGAGUGGCCGAAGACAUCUUCACCCUGGACUUCAACUACCCCAUGUGUGCUCUUCAAGCCUUCGCCAUCGGCUUAUCGAGCUUUGACAGCAAGCUGGCCUGUGAAUGAACCGCCGCCAG